AUGCCGGAGGCAAAGAAGCUCACUGGGGGUGAUGUAGAAGGCCACGACUGGUGGGAGAAGCAUGAAGAGCUUCUAGACGAAGCUCGCAAAGAGCUAGGGCCGCUCCACGAGGAUGCGUAUUGCCUGUGCUCGAAAGGAACAGGACUCGAAACAGCGGACUGCCUCUCCCCAGCCUUGCGGCAGGCUUUGGCAGACGGCUCCCCUUCGGCACUACGCUCGGAACUAACGGAGGUUUGCAGAGAUGCGGAAGGCUAUGCUGUGUACAGGUUUCAGAUCUUUGCCUCAGACUGGUGCGAUCGACUCCUGGCUGAGCUGGACCAUCUCGAGGCAAGCGGCAUUCCACUUCGUCGACCAAACGGCAUGAAUCGUUACGGAGCCAUUCUGUCACAUUUGGGAUUUCAAGAAGGACUUCUGCAGCCGUUGAUGAGGCUUGUGGUGAAGCCAUUGGCGCGAGAGCUGUGGCCUGAAUGGGUAGACCCAACAGACUGUGACGAAACCUACGGUUUCGUUGUCCGAUACAGGACUGGCGAAGAUGUGGAGCUUGCCGAGCAUGCAGAUACUUCGAACGUGACUUUGAACGUGUGCCUAGGCAAAGAUUUCACUGGAGGCGAGCUGUACUUCAAAGGAGUUCGCUUCACGCCGUCGCAGGACGAUCCGCAGGCCCAAUGCAAUGCAGCCUCUGAGCUUCCAGAGAUGCUGCCAAGGCUCUGA